AUGGCUGGUGAUAUUACUGAGUUGUACGCAAAACUAAACCUCACAGAGAAUGAGGAAAUUGCCAUUAACUUGGAGGAUGUUAUUGAUGAUGAGAUGGAACAAAAAGCAAACCUUAGUCUUGUGGGUAAGCUUUUAACGAAAAAGCCAUAUAAUUUGAAUCAUAUGAAGAAUGCACUAGCGAGUGCAUGGAGGUUGGCGAAGGGAUUCAGUAUAAAGGAGAUUGGUGAUAACCUCUUUGUAUGUGAAUUCCAAUCUAAAUUGGAUAGGACCCGAAUUCUGAACGAAGCUCCCUGGCACUUUGAUAAACAAUUGAUAUUGUUCGAACCGUUAUGUGGUAACUUGCAACCGGAUGAGGUGGGUCUAGAUAUGUCCCCGUUUUGGAUUCGUAUCUAUAAUCUCCCCCUUAAUUGUAGAGGUACAGCUGCUAUCACAAAAAUUGGGAGUAAAGUAGGUCGGAUUGUGGAAUGGAGUGGUGAUGAGAUGGCCACUUGGGGACGAUAUAGUCGAGUUCGUGUUAUGGUUGAUGUAUCAAAACCCAUUGUCAGAGGUACUAAAAUUAUAAACCCUCUGGGAGAGAACUGUUGGGUAUCUUUCAAGUACGAGAAAAUCCAAAACUUCUGUUAUUGGUGUGGCAUGCUUGAUCAUUUAGUGGCUGAUUGUGAAACUAAACCUGAAGAGACCGAGGUGGAGGAGUGGCCGUAUGGACCAGUGCUACGGGCCACACCUAAAAAGCGGGUUCUUAUGGGAGAGAGGGGUAGCAGCAAACAAAGGGAGGGAACUCAGAAUAGAAGGGAGAAAUCCAUGGGUACUUCACCGGAGGUUUCAACUGUCAAAGCAGAUAUGGUAAGACGAGAGCUUCGUAUGGAAAAUCAAGGCAGUCAGGAUGAAGAAGUUCAAUCUGUAAGGCCUGCUAUUCAAACUAAAUCUGAUGCUGAGAGGAAUGCAGGGACUGAUUUAACAAAGAUCGUAACACAGGAUAACUUUGUCGAAAUUCAGGUUGCUCAAGUUGUUGAUACUACACAGAUUUAUACUGAUGGGAAAGAAGGGUGUGUUCAACAUGCUUCUAGUGUUAAAAAAAAUAGGAAAAGCACUUGGACAAGAAGCAAUUCACAACGGAAGUCGAGUAAGGGUACUGAGGUGGACAGUAAGAAGGAGAGUUCAAAGAGAGGCAUUGAUGAAAUGCAAGUGGAGGUUUCUCCGGUUAACUGUUUCUCGAAGAAAGCUCGGGAUGGGUUGCUGGAUCAGUUUAACAAUAUUGAGAUAUCGGCGGAGACUGUUGAGCAGUCUCGCCGGACGCAAUGA